AUGUACUUCUUCCUAAGCCAUCUCUCGUCAUGUGACCUUCUGAUCUCAGCAGUAAUUGUCCCUUUGAUGCUUGAUAUUAUAUACAGAGACAGUGGAUCAAUAUCAUUUUUUGCAUGUCUUACCCAAUUUUACCUUUUUGGUGCAUUAGCCACAACAGAAUGUCUCCUUCUGUCAGUAAUGUCCUAUGACAGAUAUAUGGCCAUAUGCAAUCCUCUGCGUUACUCUUCUGUGAUGAACUUCCAGAGGUGCCUCCAUCUUGUUUUUUGGUGCUGGUUCAUAGCAUUUUCUGUCAUGUUGAACACAACCUUUCAAAUAUUCAGUUUGCAGUUCUGUGGACCAAAUGUCAUCGAUCAUUUCUUCUGUGAUCUGGCUCCAAUUCUUCAACUUUCCUGCUCAGACACAUCCUUUGUUGAGAUGCAGAACCUUUUGACUGGUGCCCCUCCAACUUUUUUGCCUUUAUUGUAUAUCAUUGGGACAUAUAUAUCUAUUUUUGUCAACAUAGUUAAAAUUCCUACUACGAUUGGAAGACAAAAAGCCUUCCUCACCUGCAGCUCGCACUUGACGGUGGUGUGCCUCUUUUAUGGGACACUCAUCAUUGCCUAUCUGUUCUUAUCAAAAAAUCAGACUUUAAAUGUUCACAAAGUUCUUUCAUUGCUCUACACAGUGAUUACCCCAUUGGUCAAUCCUAUUAUUUACUGCCUUCAAAACAGGGAGAUCAAAAUUGCACUUUUCAAAUUAAUCAGUACAGACAGAAGAGCCUUGAAAGGUCUUCAGUAG